AUGAUAUCCCUUGACUCUCUGCCUUGUGAAAUUCUCUUUCAAAUCUUCCGCGACAGUUCACCGCAAGAGCUAUGUCGGUUGAGUUACACUUGCAAACGUCUAGAAGCUGUAGCUGGAACUUGUCUGUGGAGUGAGAUCGAGUUACAUGAGAGAGGUUACCACGAGUCAAGCUCCGAGCUUAGCGAGCCACCGCCUUUCAGGCCAAACAAGCGCUUCUAUCAUGGUUCCAAGAGGGAUGGGUUGCAAAGCGAUAUAGAAGAGUGUGCGAGAAAGCUGUUCACUUCGCUACAGACAUUGCAAACUCAUGACAAAGAACGCUUGAAGGAACUUACUGGAAGAGUGAAAGGCCUAUGCACAGUGCUGGAGCCAAGCUGGCACCCAGGCCAUGACGGGUUGUCAAAUUUUAUUUCAGUGUGGAACCUUGUACCUUAUUUCACCAAUCUCGAGUCCUUAGAGAUACACGGUAGACCUGAGGGCUUCAAAUCGGACGACACGCCUCGUCCUGAUAUCUCGGCUUCACCUCUGUCUAAACUCCGAUUCGCGAAGCUGUUUGGCUAUGUACCAAAGCCUGUUGCAACAUACAUCCUCCGAUCAGACACAAUGCUGGAGAGACUGGAACUCGGCAUAUUGGACGCACCAAUACCUAGUCAUGUUGGUAUCGGGCUAGAAGACGACCAGAAUCGUGACAGAUGGGAAGUAAAUGCUCGCAGCGUCGUCCCGCGAUCACUUGGCGACUUCUUCCCCGAUAUCCCUCCAUCAUUUCCAAAGCUGAGACACAUAUACCUAUGUCAACCUUGUAACCCCCACGGGGAUUACUUUGAUCAGAGCGAUGCGUGGUCAAUAAGUGCUGAACAAGCCUGCUUAGAGACGUGGAAAAGGCUUCUGUCGGCUUCGAGUCAGACUCUUGGAACUUUGGUGCUGGAACAGAGGCCAGGGGCCGGAAUGGAAGAGAAUGAGGGAUUCUCGGAGGAAGAAUUUCUCAACACUGGAAUAUCAGGUGCCGGCAACAAGGCGAUCGUGGAUGUCCUUGGAGACUCUCUCAUUCACACGACAACCUUCCCAGGUCUGAAACAGGUCUAUCUUUACGGGUUCGUUGCGAAAUCUCGCGCACGCGGAAGGCCAACUCAGGAAACUCCAGGAGAAUGGCUCAUGCAUGGUUUGGAACAACGGGGAGUAGCUUGCGAGGCUCGAAGGGGGAAGUGGUGUCUCUUUGAUCAAGAUACAGGCGUAGCACCGUGGGCAAAGUGGGACGGAGAGGGUGUUUCCAACAUUCAUGAUGGAUACAUGGGGAUCAGAUGGUAUACCUUACUAGCGAAAGUAUGA